UCAGGGCUAGGCACACUGACAGUAUGGCGGCGGAGUGCAGCUGGAAGGAUGCUACUAUCGCUGGUGAUGUUUCUGUCCCCGGCAGCCCCUAAAUGGACUAUUGACGGGAGCAAAACAAGCGGAAUUAUCGAGAGAGACCUUUCGCCGUGAGCUCUGAAGAUGGCCAGGCUCGCCGACUACUUUGUCGUGAUCGGUUACGACCUCGACAAGCGAGUGGAGGGAGAGGGUCAAGGCUGCAUUCUCCAACGGUUCCCUGAGAAAGACUGGGAAGACAGUCCCUUUCCUCAAGGCAUUGAGCUGUUCUGUCAGCCCAGCGGUUGGCAAGUGGUCCCUGAGCAACAGCCGGCCUCUUUCUUUGUAGCAGUUUUGACCGACAUCAACUCAGACCGUCACUACUGUGCCUGCUUCACCUUCUGGGAGUGUUUGGACAAUCCACAGAAAGCUGAUGGCAGCAGGGCGGAUGAGGCCGACGAGGAAGCUGAUGUUGUCCAACCCGCUAGAGUCUUUGCCCCAAAGAGUUUGGUUCUGGUGUCCCAGCUUGAUUACACAGAGGUUUUUAGGAACUGUUUAGGUCUAAUCUAUACUGUCCAUGUGGAUGAUCUCUCUGUUCCCUUGGAAACUGUGAUUGGAAACCUACUGACCUGCGUCAUCCCCCUUGCAGGAGGCUCACAGACAGAUGAGUCUGCAGUGUGUAGCUUAGACAGAGUUGUUCCGGGCGUGGCCUGUCUUCAGCCGGGCCAAGAGGAGAAAGCAAAGAGUUUGAGGACGAUAACUUUAGGUGCUGGUGACCGGCAAGUUAUCCAGACCCCCAUCAGCGACUCCCUUCCUGUCAGUGGCUGCAGCGUUGCCCAGCUCUUCAGACAGCUUGGUAUUGUAAACGUGUUGUAUCUGUUCUGCGCUGCUCUUACCGAGCACAAGAUCCUAUUCCUAUCCAGCAGCUACCAGCGGCUAACCGACGCCUGCCGGGGGCUUUUGGCCAUCAUGUUUCCCCUCAAGUACAGUUUCACCUACGUCCCUAUCUUACCGGGAAAACUGCUAGAGGUUCUGAGCACCCCCACCCCCUUCAUCAUUGGUGUCAACUCCUUCUUUCGUUCAGAAACACAAGAACUGCUGGAUGUGAUCAUCGCUGACCUUGACGGCGGCACUGUGACCAUCCCUGAGUGUGUGCACAUCUCCUUACUGCCUGAGCCUCUGCUACAGCAGACCCAGACCGCACUCUCAAUGGUUUUGGAUCCAGAGCUGGAAGUGGCGGACCAAGCCUUCCCUCCGCAGUCCACGCAGCCCUCUGCGCUGAAGAUCCAGGAUAAAGAGAUAAGAGCAGUCUUCCUCUGGCUGUUUGCUCGGCUCUUCCAGGGCUAUCGUUGGUGUUUGCACAUCAUCCGCAUUCACCCAGAACCGGUGAUCCGCUUCCAUAAGGCGGCCUUCCUGGGCCAGCGAGCGCUGAUGGAGGACGACUUCCUCAUGAAGGUGUUGGACGGGAUGGCGUUUGCUGCUUUCGUCUCAGAGAGAGGGCCCCCUUACAGAACUACUGACCUGUUUGACGAUCUGGUAGCAAACCAGGUGGAGCGGAUCCGGCAGGAGGAGAGCUGUCCACACAAAGUCUUGAAUCACGUGAAGGAGCUUGCAGAGCAGCUCUUCAAAAAUGAGAACCCAUAUCCGGCUGUGGCCAUGCACAAAGUGCAGCGGCCCUCGGACAGCAGCCUGAACCCCACACAGAACCAGAAACCCUUCCCUGUUCUGGAUGAGGUUUCUGUGCAGCUCUUCAUUGAUCACGCUGCUGCCAAACUGAAGACCGCUCCUCCUGUGGUGAAGGCAGAGGUCAAGAGCAUGGUGCCAUCCGGGCCUCCGCUGGGUGACACCGUGGACAGGAACGGCUGUGUGAUGGCUAACAGCGCUCGCAGGCUGGAGGUGGUCAGGAACUGCAUCUCGUACAUCUUUGAGAACAAAAUGCUGGAAGCCAAGAAGCUGAUGCCAGCUGUUCUGCGGGCGCUGAAGGGUCGAGGAGCUAGGCUCUGUUUCACCCAGGAGCUCAACCAGCACGUCCUGCAGAACCGGGCCGUGCUGGAUGACCAGCAGUUUGACUACAUCGUUCGCAUGAUGAACUGCACUUUACAGGACUGUUCACACAUGGAUGAACACGGCGUUGCUGCAGCUCUGCUUCCUCUGGUCACAGCCUUCUGCAGAAAACUGGGAGCAGGCAUCACGCAGUUUGCCUACAGCUGCGUUCAGGAGCACACUGUGUGGACCAACAUGCAGUUCUGGGAGGCCAUGUUCUAUAGUGAUGUCCAGAACCACAUCCGGGCUCUGUACCUGGAGACGGAAGAUGGAGAGCAGCACAGCAUCUCACAGCAGCAGCAGGACGGGUCUGGCAGCAGAAAGGACAUCAGCGCUUUGGAGUUGGCCUCGGAGCAGAGCCGGCUGUGGCCAACUUUCGGCAAGGAAAUGCAGGCUGAACUGGUACAGAAGGAGGAAAGCACUGUGUUCAGCCAGGCCAUCCACUACGCCAACAGGAUGAGCUACCUGCUGCUGCCUUUGGACACCAGCAAGAACCGGCUGCUGAAGAGCUCCGGUCUCGGAGAUGUGGAGAGCGUCAGUAACAGCUACGUCACCAACAGCAUUGCAGGCAGCAUGGCGGAGAGCUAUGACACUGAGAGCGGCUUUGAAGAUGCUGAGAGCUCCGACGUGGCCAACUCAGUGGUGCGCUUCAUCAACCGCUUCGUGGACAAAGUGUGUAAUGAGAGCGGCGUCACUAACGAACAUCUGAAAGCGCUGCACAUCAUGAUACCAGAUAUUGUUCAGAUGCACAUCGAGACGUUAGACGCAGUCCACCGGGAGAGCAAGAGACUGCCUCCCAUCCAAAAGCCCAAGCUGCUGAGACCCACUCUCCUGCCAGGAGAGGAGCUCAUGAUGGACGGGAUGCGGGUCCAUUUGGUUCCCGACGGACGCGAUGAGGCAACAGGGCUGAUGGGAGGGCCUGCUCUUCUUCCAGCGGAGGGAGCCAUCUUCCUCACCACAUACCGCCUCAUCUUCAAAGGCACGCCCACCGACCCCCUGGUGGGUGAGCAGGUUGUGACUCGCUCCUUCCCCAUCGCCUCUCUGACGAAGGAAAAGAAGAUCUCGGUCACAGCCAUCGACCAGUAUGUUCAGGAGGGGCUGCAGCUGCGGUCAUGCACCUUCCAGCUCAUAAAGAUCGCAUUUGACGAAGAGGUCGAGUCAGACUUGGUGGAGGUUUUCAGGAAGCAUCUUCACAAGCUGCGCUAUCCUCAGCAUGUGCAUGGGACCUUUGCCUUCACCGUGGGUCAGUGUGGGAAGCUGGUGGUGGAGCACAAGACCAAAGACAAGAACCAGUCACUGAAAACCCUCUCCAGAAACCUGGUGAAGACCGCGAAGAGGACAAUUGUCCGGCAGAACGUGUCCAGGAAGAAGUAUUCUCCGCCCACCUGGGAGAACCGCAGCAGCUUGCAGUCUGAACUGGAUGAAGAUGAGAUUUCUGUGUCCGAGGAGGUGGACCACAGCGUGCUCACACUGUCCUCCACCAUCCGCUCUUCAGACAGACAGACCAUGAGCAAUGUUGUGGAGCGGGCCUGCUGUCGAGACUAUCAGCGCUUGGGUCUGGGCACGCUCAGUAACAGCCUAACACGUUCGAAGAGCGAGCCUUUCCGGAUCUCCACCGUCAACCGCAUGUACAGCAUCUGCAGGAGCUACCCUGGCCUGCUGAUCGUCCCUCAGACCAUCCCAGACUCCACCAUCCAGAGGAUCUCCCGCUGUUAUCGACAGAACCGCUUCCCCGUGGUGUGCUGGAGGAACUCUCGAACCAAGGCCGUCCUCCUGCGCUCGGCGGGUCUUCAUGCUAAGGGAGUAGUCGGAUUCUUCAAGUCACCCAACACGCCUACUGCAGUUCCCAGUCAGGCCGACUCCACCAGCCUGGAGCAGGAGAAGUACCUGCAGGCCAUCAUCGGCAGCAUGCCGUCCUACAGCGAGAGCAGCGGCAGAAACACGCUGAGCGGCUUCUCUUCCGCUCACAUGAGCACCUCAGACUCUGCAGAUAAACUGAGGCAGCCUAAAAUCGGGAUGCUCAUGAAGCAGGUGAUGGGCGUGAAGGAGGAGGUUCCCGGGACGUUCAGCAGAGGAGCUCAGGGUAAAAGCGUCAAAGUGUCCUCUCAACCCAAGGGGCCUAACAAGGCCAGGAACUCCCCCAGAGGUAGAUGGGGCAGUAUCCGUCUGACAGGAUCGGGAGCUCUACGUCUGAGUGCCUACAACCCUGACGUGGGGCCGCGUCUGGCGGGAUUUGAGUCUCCGCAGCCCAACGGCGGGCCGAGUGAGCCCCUCUUCCUACGGCAGCAGAAGGCGUUCCUCUACAUCAUCGGGGACAAGAGCCAGCUGAAGGGGGGGAAGCAGGACGCGUUCCAGCAGUGGGAGGUAGUCCCCAUUGAGGUGUGCGACGUGCGGCAGGUGAAGAACAGCUUCAAGAAGCUGAUAAAGGCCUGCAUGCCCAGCUCGGUGACGGCGGACGGCUUCCUGCGCUGCGUGGAGGAGUCGGAGUGGAUGUCUCUGCUGCACAGGGUGCUGCAGGUCUCCGUCCUGGUGGUGGAGCUUCUGGACACGGGCUCGUCCGCCAUGGUCAGCCUGGAGGACGGCUGGGACGUCACCACGCAGGUGGUGUCCCUGGUCCAGCUGCUGUCUGAUCCGUACUACAGGACCUUUGAUGGCUUCCGGCUGCUGGUGGAGAAGGAGUGGCUGUCGUUUGGCCACAGAUUCAGCCACCGGGGGGCACAAACGCUUGCCAGCCAGAGCAGCGGCUUCACGCCGGUGUUCCUGCAGUUCCUGGACUGUGUGCAUCAGAUCCACCUCCAGUUCCCCAUGGAGUUUGAGUUCAGUCAGUACUACCUGAAGUUCCUGGCUUAUCACUACGUCUCCAACCGCUUCCGCACCUUCCUGCUGGACUCGGACUACGAGCGCAUCGAACUGGGAGUGCUGUUUGAGGAGAAGGGCGAGAGGAAAAGUCCUCUGGUGUGCAAGUCUGUUUGGGACUACAUCGACCGACUGAACAAGAAGGCACCCGUCUUCUACAACUACAUGUUCAGCCCAGAGGAUGAGGAGGUGUUAAGGCCGUACACCUUCAUCUCCAAUCUGAAGCUGUGGGAUUUCUACACGGAGGAGACGCUAUCUGAGGCACCGUCCUAUGACUGGGAGCUGCGGGGCCGGCAAGAACGCGCAGAGGAGGUGGCGGACAAACCCGACACCAGCGCUCCCGUGACUCAGCGCCGCAUCGUGUGGCCAUGUUACGACAACCUAAGCAAGGUGAUGCCAGACGCCAUCAGCAAGCUGCUGCAGGACCUGCAGAGUCUGGAGGCUGAGCUGGGCCAGACGGCGGAGAGGUGGAAGGACACCUGGGACAAAAUCAAGAUGACGCAGAGGACGGACGCCAAACCGGAGAGCAAGCCGUCCUUCUCCAGCUCCCUGCUAAUGGCGUCCAACCUGAGCCACCAACGCCGCUCUCAGGGAGUCUGCCUGCAGGAGAGCGCCGUUGGGCCUUCCCUUAACCUGGGCUUGGACUGCGAGGGCGGCGCCACCUCCACCCCGGUGCCGGGCCGAACCAGCACCAGCACUCUUUACAGCCAGUUCCAGAGCACUGAGAGCGAGAACAGGAGCUUUGAAGGGAUUUUAUACAAGAGAGGAUCCAUUUUGAAACCGUGGCGACCCCGCUGGUUCGUUCUGGAUAAAACCAAACAUCAGCUGCGGUACUACAACACCCGACAAGACAAGGAGUGUAGGGGGUUCAUUGACCUAGCAGAGGUGGAGGCCGUCACUUCAGGAUCACCGAUGGUGACGUCACCCAAAAUCACGGAGAAAGCCUAUUUUGACCUCAAAACCACCAAACGGGUCUUCUGUUUUUGUGCGCAAGACGCCGCCAGCGCCCAGCAGUGGAUGGACAGCAUCCAGAGCUGCCUGUCUGACGCCUAGAGGAAGCAGGGCUUCUGACGCUCCGUCCUGUUGAACGUUUCAGCCAUUUUCCUAUAAAACUACAAAAGAAAAAAAAGAAAAACGUUUCCCCUCCUCAGUCUGACCACUAUGAGUCUGAAUGCACAAAACCAACUAGAGAUCCUUCCAGAGCCCCCACCUGCGCAUCACCUGUUGAAAAGAGGAGGAGCCUGAAGCCUAACGGACCAAACCUGCAGGAGCAGACACUGCUGCUCUCACUGCCUCGUGUAGCCACUCAGUGUCUUCAGAGGAGGGGGGGGGGGUCCUUAGUGGUUCAUGAAGGAUGUUCUGUUUAGCCCUUUCCCCCAGCUUUUUUCUACAAUCAGAAGUGAUUUACUGUGAAAAGCAUGAAAUUAUGGUGGCAGGAAGUGUUUACAGAGUAGAUGACCCCCCCCCCCCCCAUCACUACGAGGGACGCCUCCUUUAAAUCUGUAAGGGAAACUGAGAGGGGGGGCGUUGAGCAGAACAAUGUGGGGUGUCGCACAGUAUUAUGGGAUGUCUUCAUAAAAAGACAGCAGGUCACUUUUCCACGUUGGGGCGACGCACCUUCCCGUCUGAAACAAGGGAGGGGUCGCCCCCGCCACCCUGUAAAAUCCCCCCCCCCCCGCUGCUGUCUAAAGGUGAAACUGUAGAUUUGUUGAAUAAGUCUCUUGUAUAUACGACUCCAAAUUUGUAUGUAACGUUUCUAGUAGUAAUUUAUUUAACUGGUCUUUUCAGUAAAGGUUUUUCACAUCACUUUAUUUUUUAAUUAGGAAUCCAAUGUGCCAACUGUUUAUUUGUGUAUUAAUGUGACUAAUGCUCUUUUUGUUUGGAAACCCUGGUUUUGAUACAUCACUCCUGAUUUCCCAGGCAGUCCGAGUAAAGCGGUGGCAGUGGAGUAGGCGGCGUCCUCUGAACUAUUGAGUUUUUCGCCGCCUGCAUUGGUCAGACGGCAGAGCUCACCUGUGGGAACGUCACUGCCUCUCCUCACUGCUUCACCUUCCUCCUCCGUGUACAGCAGCUACAGCUAUAACAAAACCCCCUUUAUUUAUUUGGUUUUUAUUUAGAACGUUCCCUCUGAGAUGGGCUGUCAAUCAUGUCAGUAGAGUUUCUAGACUCCAAAUAAAAAACUGUGGGUUCAAAUGUU